AUGGCGACCCGCGAGCCAUGGACGCAGCGUCUCAGAGAUCAUUGUCUUGUUCGGGGUCUUAGGGAACCCACAUACCAAGACGUGUCUGACCGUCGAGGAGGUCGAACCGCCUGGUCUACAGUUGCAGUAGUCAACGGCACCCCAUAUGCUGCCCGCUUUUGGUACGAUGGAGCUUACGUAGACCAAGCAAAGGAAGACGCUGCGGAGAUCGCCUUGCGGAAACUCACUGGCUAUACCGAUCCGACAGUCGAACCGCCACCAGCGAACCACUACCGCCCCGCAAUCACAGCCUGA